AUGUCUCUCUCUGAAAGACAGCAAGACGAUUUACACAAAGCUAUCCUGGACUAUCUUCAUUCAGGUGGAUACAAGAAGACGUUUGAGCAGUUCAAAGAGGAAAUUCCUCGCCAUGCCGACUUUUCACCAGAAGCAAAUCAGAAGGCGAGCGGGUUAUUGGUGAAGAAGUGGACAAGUGUUAUACGCAUGCAGAAGAAGAUCAUGGAUCUAGAGACUAGAUUAGCCCAAGCCUUGGAGGAAAACUCGCACGUAUCGCACCUCCCCAAUGGAUCGGGCUCGAAGGGGAAUGAUGACUGGAUACCGACGGGCGGUCCGAAACAUAUCCUGACUAGUCAUCGAGAAGCAGUCAACACUGUAGCCUUUCAUCCAUUGUACUCUGUCCUGGCGUCGGCAAGCGAUGAUUGCACAGUCAAGAUAUGGGAUUGGGAGUCAGGCGAACUAGAACGCACAUUAAAGGCACAUACUAAGCGUGUGUCUGACUGUCAGUUCAACUCAAAGGGUACUCUACUAGUGACAUGUGGUUAUGAUCUUUUCAUAAAGCUUUGGAAUGUCGAAAAUGAAUACCAGAAUUCUGCAACGUUGCGUGGUCAUGAACAUUCCAUUUCCUCCGCACGAUUUCUACCAGGAGACGACAAAAUUCUCAGCUCAAGCCGCGAUCAAACCCUUCGGAUAUGGGAUCUGGCCACUACACACUGUAUCAAAGUCCUUUCACCUCAUGAAUCAUGGAUUCGUUGUGCCGUUCCCAGUGCUGACGGUCGUUACGCGAUAACUUGCGCCUCAGAUCACACUGCCAAGAUUGUUGACAUCAACUCCGGGGAAGUGAAGGCCGAAUUUCGUGGGCAUGAAAAUGUCGUCGAAGUGGCCGAAAUCUGCCCACCUCAUACCGUUGCAAACGUUCGAGAGCUCGUUGCUUUAAAGUCUCCAGAAAAUGCCCCCGCCGUCACGAAUGCUUCUAUAGUCUUUGCUUUCACUGGAUCUCGUGAUAUGACCAUCAAGAUAUGGGAUGCAAUCCGGGGUCAAUUGUUACAUACCCUCGUUGGGCACGACAGCUGGAUUCGUGCUCUUGUCUUUCACCCGAAUGGACAAUACCUUUUGUCGGCUUCAGAUGACCAUACUUUCCGAGUCUGGGACCUGAAGACUGGUCGGUGUAUACGCAAAAUAGAGGCACACGACCAAUUUGUCAACUCAAUGUCAUGGGGGAGACAGAGGGUUGGAACUCAACAAGUCUCAGACGGCUCGGAGACCACUCCGGCACGCCUUGUGAAUGUUAUUGCAACCUCAGGCAACGACCAGGCGAUAAAGAUAUGGGUACCUACGAGAUGA